AUGGAUUUAGAGCAGGAGGAAACCAUCGCGACCGACGACGACAGUGGUGAAGCAGACCAGGGUUUUUACCUCAGCAGAGUUAAAGCUCUUGUUAACGAAGAAGAAAGUUCUUCAGAAAGGGAACCCAGAGAAGGUAAUCCAGUUGAUGCACCUAGUCUGGAAAAGUCCCUGCCUUCUAAAAGGAAGGAGAAUCUAGACACUAAAGAGUACAAUAAGGCAUUCAAUACACCUUUGACUACACAUGAUAAACCAACAUUACUGGCUAAACCUUACAUUAGUUCAGGCAAGUGCUCAAACCUGACCACACAAAUUAAGAUCAGUGCAGUGUAUACAGGUUUCAGUGGCAAGUCAGGGAAAGUCCUAUCACUCAAGUCCAUCCACAGACGGAAUCAUUUUGGAGAGACAAAGCUGCAUUUAGCCGUGAUGAAGGGAGACGUUCAAGACAUCAAAGACUUGAUCACAGCGGGUGCUUUCGUUAACAUACCAGAUUAUGCAGGUUGGACUCCACUCCAUGAGGCAGUGCAGAGAAACAAGUAUGACAUGACAGAAAUUUUACUCGAAGCUGGAGCCGAAGUCAACUGCAGAGGACAUAAUGGAAUUACACCUUUACAUGAUGCCAUAUAUUGUCAGUAUUACAAGAUUGUAGAACUACUUCUGAAGUAUGGUGCUGAUCCAUUAUCAAAGUGUGACAGAGGAAAGACUCCUAUGGGCUUGACCACAGACAGAUCUAUGUACAUACUGGUGGAGAAAUAUCUGCAGAAGUCUAAAAGUGAUCCAGCUGAAAAUCCACCCAGCAUCACUGAUUCUGCAGUUAAUCCAAGUUUGAGCCAAAGAAACAACCAGAACUCCAUCAAAGACACAAGAGCUCCUCUUCAGAAAUCAACAGGAACUGCUGAUACAAGUGAGCAUGAAAGCAGCCUGCAGUCUGGUGAAGCUGAACCCAUUCCUGGUCCAAGCAGAGGACAACCAAGCUGUGAUCCAUCCAUGAGGUUUCAGGCCUCUUUCAAAGGUUCUCUACAUUACUGAAGGGUUGUGGGACUAGAUAUGGCUCAUGCAGUAUUUAAUAGCAGUA